AUGACAAAAUCAUUGGGAAACUCAAAAAGAACGCUGACCUCCUAUAGAGAAUUACCUGAGUAUAUUCAUGGAACAAAUUACGGUGAGAAAUUGCUGACCAAAGAGCCUCAAUGGCUACGAUGGGAACAAUAUUUGAAAGAUACCGAAUCACCAAGCGUCGAUUAUACAGCUAAGAAUGCCAAUCCUUUACCUCAAACAUGGAGCACGAGAGAAAAAUCUGAUUUUAUAGAGGUCAUGCAAAGCAAUCUGGAGGCUUCUUUUUUCGGCCCAGAUAGUGGAAGCGAACAUGAUGCGGCUUUAACCCGAUCAGAUUUUCCUGUACCAAACAACUGUUCUGUCUAUUACUAUGAAGUCCAAGUAUUGUCUUGUGGUAAAGAAGGUAGAAUAUGUGUCGGGUUCUGUAAGAAGAAUACACAAACAGGGCGUUUACCAGGAAACACUUCAGAAAGCUGGGGUUAUCAUGGACACAAUGGUGAAAUCUACCAUGGAUCGAAAACCGGAGAACGAUAUGGACCACAAUUUCAAACUGGCGAUGUCGUGGGAUGUGGGUUGAAUCUUAUUAACAAAACGAUAUUUUAUACAAAAAAUGGAGCAUAUUUAGGGGUAGCAUUUACAAACGUGAGCGAUUCCUUGUACCCGACGGUAGGGCUGAAAAGCCAAGGUGAGCACAUUAGGGCAAACUUUGGUCAAACAUCAUUUCUUUAUGAGAUUGAUCAUGCCGUUCAAGAAGAAAAAGAAAAAUUACUGAAUAAAUCUUUGAAGUUUGUCUCAGCUGAUGAACAGAAUGAACGGAAAAGUUUACUAAAAGACCUUAUCUCGUCAUUUCUCAUAAACCAUGGCUAUGUAGAAACGGCACAAGAGUUCUGUCCCGAAAAGGUGAUACAUUCAGGCGUAAACGUCAGAAAAAUGAUUAACCAGUUAUUGUGCAAUGGAGAUUUGGCCUCUGCUGUACAAGAAAUUACUGUAAAAUAUCCCCAAGCAAUUCAGGAUUGCCAGGACCUAUCUCUUUCUCUUCGGUUUCUCCAAUUUCUUCAAUUAAUACGAAAUAUGCAACAAGUCCGCUCAUACUCAGCCUCUUUCUCUGGUGUUAUUUCGGAGCAAGAAGAGAUGAAGAUUUUAGAUCCAGUCAUGAAUUAUUCGCAACAAUUUUUUAAUGAUUAUGAAAAAGCUGAAAGUCAAGAUCUAAAGAAAAUGAUUAAGUUAAGUAUGGGACUUCUUGCGUAUUAUGAUCCAUCUUCUAGUCCCUUAUCUUUCUUCUUAGAGAAUGACUUUCAGAAGUACAUAGCCAGCCGCAUUAACGGAUUACUCCUAAAAUUUAGCGGUUCUCCUCCUGAAAGCCAUCUGGAACAAUUUCUUCAGCAUACGAUUGCUUUUAAUGAUUUACUUUGCCAACAAAAGUCUUUACAGAAUACUCUUAUUAAUGUUCAAAAAGAUUUCAUUUUACCAUGA